GCACUCAGAGAAGAACCAGAGAGGACCCUGGACACUGGGAGCAUGGGGGUCUGGACCUCAGGCACUGAUAUCUUGCUAAGUGUCUGGAGUAUGUAUGUGUCUCCAAGAAGCCCUGGAUGGAUGGACUUUACCCAACAUUUGGGAGUUUGUUGUUUAGUUGCUUUCAUUUCCAUGGGCCUCCUCUCUGGAGCCUUCUACUGGUUUCUGUCCUCAUUCAUAGUCUUCACCGCCUCCUGGAUGGUCACAUGUGCCCUGCUGUGCUGCUCCAAGCAUGCACGAUGCUUCAUUUUGCUUUUCUUCCUCUCAUGUGGCCUGCGUGAAGGCAGGAAUGCUCUGAUUACCACUGGCACGGGGAUAGUAAUCUUUGGACACAUAGAGAAUAUUUUUCACAACCUUAAAGGUCUCCUGGACAGUAUGACUUGCAACCUCAAGGCAAAGAGCUUUUCCAUCCAUUUUCCAUUUUUGAAAAAAUAUAUUGAAGCAAUCCGGUGGAUGUACGGCCUGGCCACUCACUUAAGUCUCUUUGAUGACCUUGUUUCUUGGAACCAGACCCUGGCGGUUUCUUUCUUCAGUCCCAGCCAAGCCCUGGAGGCACAGCUCAAUAACACUACAGACAAAGCCCUGGGUGUCUUAUACCAGAUAGUGAUGGCGACAGAGGUGGUAUCCUCCAUGGGGCAACAGCUACUUGCCCUCAUGGGGCUUCUGCUGGUGCUCCUGGGUACUGGUCUCUUCAUGAAGCGAUAUUUGGACCCUUGUGGUUGGAAGUUUGAGAACAUCUAUAUCACCAAACAAUUUGUUCGGUUUGACGAAAGGGAGAGGCAUGAACAGAGGCCCUGUGUCCUCCCGCUGAAUAAGCAGGAAAGGAAGAAGUACGUUGUCAUUCCGUCUUUCUGGCUGACUCCUAAAGACAAGAAAAACCUGGGGCUCUAUUUCCUCCCAGUACUUACCCAUCUCUGCAUCUGGGUGCUGUUUGCAGCCAUAGAUUAUCUGCUGUAUUGGCUCAUUUUCUCCGUGAGCAAACAUUUCCAAAGCUUGCCAGGGCUUGAGGUUCACCUGAAGCUGCACAGAGAGGCACAAGGAACUCAAGACAUCAUCCAUGAUUCUUCUUUUAAUAUAUCUCUGUUUGAACCUAACUGCAUCCCUAAACCAAAGCUCUUUCUGUCUAAGACCUGGAUUCCCCUCAGUAUUAUUCUUGUGAUACUAGUGAUGCUAGGACUCUUGUCCCCCUUCCUAAUGCAACUUAAAAUCCUGGUGUCAGCAUCCUUCUACCCAAGUGUGCAGCAGGAACGUGUCUUAUACCUACAUGCAAAGAUGUUGAAGAAAAGAACAAAGCAGCCAGUGGGAGGAGUCAAAAGGAAACAGUACUUUACAAAGAUUCAUUUCUGGCUUCCAGUCCUGAAAAUGAUUGGGAAGAAACAAAUGGACACAGCCAGGGAAGACAAUCCAUGGAAGGCCGCAGGCAGCACCUCGGCACACCGCACCAGCAGUUCUGCUCAGGUUGGCUGAUGGUGGUCAUUAUUCAUGCCCAGCAGGAGAUAACUGCUCUGCAUGGCCCUUCAGCAGUUUGAGUUUGCAGGGCCAAACUACGUUUUUCCACAAGGGCCAUAGGGCUACCAGGUAAAUGGUUAAGUUGUCUGUCUCACAAACAAGGCACUGAUUUGGACUGUGUCUCAGUGUAAUAGGAUUACAACCAGGCCCUUCGUGGAUGUGUCUCAGCACAGUGUAAUAUUCAAAGGAAAAACAG